GUUCAAAUCUCCAAUAGCAUUUCUCACCCUCUCCUCUCUUUCUCGCACCAGACAGAGCAAACACUCUGUUCUCAGAACCUUCUUUGCUUUUUCUCUCGUUCAUGGAGCUCCAGAGACGCCAGGAUCAGAGUCUCUCCCAGAGGAAGGGGCAAAAGCGGAAGCUCGACGAGGAACAGCACGACGAGAGGCAGAUCUCGGCGGCGCCGUCCACUGCCGCCGAGCGAGCGGCGCUCCUCUGCGACGUUGGAGAACAGGUGAGCAUCCUCGAGUCGACUUUCACGUGGAACGAAGCGGAUCGAUCCGCGGCCAAACGCGCUACUCACGCGCUCGCCGAUCUCGCGAAGAAUGAGGAAGUGGUGAACCUGAUUGUUGAAGGAGGCGCGAUUCCGGCGUUGGUGAAGCAUCUUCAGGCACCGCCUCUGAUUGACCGUGUCCAGAAGCCAUUGCCCUUCGAGCACGAGGUUGAGAAGGGGAGCGCUUUCGCACUAGGACUUCUUGCCGUCAAGCCAGAACAUCAACAGCUCAUUGUUGACAGUGGUGCCUUAAUACAUCUUGUUGAUCUUUUAAAGAGGCACAAGGAUGGCUUAACAUCUCGUGCUAUUAAUAGUCUCAUUCGCAGGGCUGCAGAUGCUAUUACUAAUCUUGCUCAUGAAAACAGCAGCAUUAAAACCCGUGUCAGGUUGGAAGGUGGAAUUCCACCACUUGUUCAUUUGCUUGAUUUUGCCGAUGCAAAGGUACAAAGAGCAGCUGCUGGUGCUCUACGAACUCUGGCUUUUAAAAAUGAUGAAAAUAAAAAUCAGAUUGUUGAAUGCAAUGCUCUCCCAACUUUGAUUUUAAUGCUACGUUCUGAAGAUGCCGCCGUUCAUUAUGAAGCGGUUGGUGUGAUUGGAAAUCUAGUGCACUCUUCACCUAAUAUAAAGAAAGAAGUUCUUCUCGCUGGAGCUUUACAGCCAGUUAUUGGAUUACUUAGUUCCUGCUGCUCUGAAAGCCAGAGAGAAGCAGCCUUGUUACUUGGACAAUUUGCAGCAACUGAUUCAGACUGUAAGGUUCACAUUGUACAGAGAGGUGCUGUCCAACCAUUGAUAGAAAUGCUUCAGUCAUCUGAUGUACAACUCAGGGAAAUGUCAGCAUUUGCGUUGGGAAGAUUAGCCCAGGACACACAUAACCAAGCUGGUAUUGCUCACAAUGGUGGCUUAGUGCCAUUGCUCAAGCUUCUUGACUCAAAAAAUGGGUCUUUACAACAUAAUGCUGCUUUUGCUCUGUAUGGUCUUGCUGACAAUGAGGAUAAUGUGUCCGAUUUCAUUAGGGUAGGUGGAGUUCAGAGGCUGCAAGAUGGAGAAUUUAUUGUUCAAGCAACUAAAGAUUGUGUUGCCAAGACGUUGAAAAGAUUAGAGGAGAAGAUUCAGGGCCGGGUUUUGAACCAUUUGUUAUAUCUUAUGCGAGUUUCAGAAAAGGGUUGUCAAAGGCGAGUUGCUUUGGCUCUUGCGCAUCUUUGUUCUGCAGAUGAUCAGAGAAAAAUUUUUAUUGAUCACUAUGGUCUUGAGUUGCUUAUUGGGCUUCUUGGAUCAUCUAGCUCUAAGCAGCAACUUGAUGGUGCUGUGGCUUUAUGCAAGUUGGCCAAUAAAGCAUCGACCUUAUCUCCUGUUGAUGCUCCUCCUCUUUCUCCAACGCCACAGGUAUAUUUAGGAGAGCAGUAUGUGAACAAUGCUACAUUGUCUGACGUUACAUUUUUGGUUGAAGGCAAACAAUUUUAUGCACAUAGAAUUUGUCUACUUGCAUCUUCAGAUGCAUUUCGUGCAAUGUUUGACGGUGGUUACAGGGAGAAGGAGGCAAGGGACAUAGAGAUUCCAAAUAUUAGAUGGGAGGUUUUUGAGUUGAUGAUGAGAUUUGUGUAUUGUGGAUCAGUUGAUGUCACUCUGGAUAUUGCUCAAGAUCUUCUUCGAGCAGCCGAUCAAUAUCUUUUGGAAGGACUUAAGAGACUCUGCGAAUACACAAUUGCGCAGGAUAUAUCACUAGAGAAUGUUUCAAGUAUGUACGAGCUUUCAGAAGCCUUCAAUGCAAUACCACUGAGGCAUGCAUGCAUCCUUUUUAUCUUGGAGCAAUUUGAUAAAUUGAGUGCAAGGCCUGGGCACUCUCUUCUGAUUCAGCGCGUAAUACCAGAGAUCCGCAAUUACUUUGUUAAAGCACUUACAAAGGCCAACUGCCAUAACAACCGACUGUAGUAUGCACCCAUUCUAUACUCUUGACCUCUAACCGAUUGUGUUGUACAGAAUGUAGUAGAUGUUAUUCCUUUUGUUGUACCAGGAAGGGGUCUCCUGUUUGUGAUAUACAACUCGGCUAGACCGAGUCUGCUUCUUUUAUUUUUAAACGAGGUGUAAGCCCCUGUUCGUCUGUAAUUUCAUUAUCAUAGAUAUAGCAAAUAUGACCUUCACGAACAUUUUUUUUUUCAUGCAAUGUGAUGGUUAUAUGACUUAACAGUUCUUCUCUCA